CAAGUGCCUAUCGCCACGAAGGUCAGCAAGCUCAAGGAGUGGAGAGAUAACCCUAAGUGGACUGCGAAGGUGGCUGCAAAGCAGCUUGGUGUAGCGAAGGGGACGUUGAUGGGCUGGAAGAAGGCGCUGUGGCAUCUGCUGGACGAUCCUGCUGCUUUGGAAGCCCUUGGAGAUGCAUUUCGCAAGAAGGGGGCCGGCAAGAAGAAGCGCCUUAAGACCUACGAUGUGGCGCCACAACUGUUAGCGUACAAGACAAGCCCUAUUCAAUCGAAUUCAUUGGACUGCGGGGUGUACAUGUUACACUACAUGCACAAAGUAGCCCGGUUCAUCUCUGAAAGAAGACCAGACUCAGUAGCGGAGAAGAUGAAAUCACUUACAAGCGGCAGCUUCAAUGUGACUAAGGCAGGACGCUCGCGCUCGGCACUACUCGAAGCACUACAGAAGGAUAAGGUUGCAGUAACUGUGAUUGAAUAA